AUCGAACAAAAGUUCAAAAUGGCGAAAACAGAGGAGUGCGUUUGAGUGAAAUGAAAUUCUUUGUUAAUAUUUCAGCUGUUUAGUCCAUCUUUUAUUUGGACACAUUAUUUAUUGCAUGGAGAACAAACACAAGAAAUCAAAAAGAAGUUUAAAUGGCGAUGAUGUUUAUGAAUUAGCUUGUAGAUACGAUGUUGGCUGGUCAAAGUCGAAGAAGAGACGGAAAGAUGGUGAAAUAAACGAUGAACAGUCUGAUGAGGGUGGAAAGAAUGUUAGUAGAAUGGUUAAGGUUAGAAAGGGUCUUUCCAGAAAACAUCCAUAAUAUCUCCUCCAUGGAGGAAUCAGGAAUGCCUUGUCAGAAAUGGCCAUUCCCAAAAAAAUCCACACACCCUAUGGACGAGCUCAGUAAAAUGUGAACCCCAAGAAAAAAAAGAUCAAAGUGCCGAUGCACACACACCCUCAGAAAUUGGUAAAUUUUUGCCUUACCCCUCAGAAAAAACGUUAAGAUCAAAGGAUGCCGAUGGCCAUAACCCCUCAGAAAUGGCUUUUUUGAACCGGCUGAUUGAAUCAGUGGUGGAUUUAGGGGGGAGUGCGCACCCCCCAGGCUCUGGUCAACAGGGGUGCAUGGGGGGGGGGGUGCAAAAAUGACGUUUAUCCUAAUUCUAACCAACUUAUGUUAAGGAUUCAGUUGCGUAUCACUAGUUGACAAUAGCGGAAUAGCCAAUAUUAAAUAUUCUGAAUUUUAAAUGUUUUGAGAAUCUAAAAAUUUUCCAGAAUGUUUUCUCAGAAUGCUGGAAAUGCCAUUUCAGAGACCCAAAUUUUAAAAAUUUUCCAGGGGAGUAUGCCCCCGGACCACCCUAGAAAUCUCGUGCCUUCGGCGCUCAUUUCGCCAUUGGUUAGCACCCCCCCCCCCCAAAAAAAAAAACUUUGCUGGAUCCACCACUGUCUCAGGCUAACAAAAUUUCUCUCAUUAUUUCUCUAGAGUGGUUUGUUUGAGGAAUUUAGAAUAGAAGGGAAUGAAGGAAGUAACGAUAACAUUUACUUAGAACUAUAUCCUGACAAUUUGGUCAAAGCCAUGAAGUCUGCUGCUAAUGCUCAAGUCGUAAAAAUUAAACUGACCAAGAAAAUUACUCCAUGUCUAACGUUUGAAAUAAUAUUGGUACGCAUUAUAAUUUAUUUUUGUUUGUAGUAAUUGUAAUUUUUAUUGUAGCCAGUUGAUGUACCAUUGUAUUGUUAAAAAAUAGCUUAACCAUUAAUGUUCAAGAGUCCUCUCUUUCAUGAACACCGGCCCGAUAAGCGUAUUUGCUGACAGCAACCCAAAAUGUUCCCGGUUGCUUGGCUGCCUGUACAGACUACUACAUAAAGUUGCACUGAGUAUCAGAAACUGGUUCUUAACACAAUUACAUCAAAUUAAAUUUGGUUAUUGCCUUUUGUCUUGCCAUUUAGGGUUAGGGAUUCAUAAAUAUAGUCCCUCGAGUUUCGCUAAUUAAACUACGGCAGGACAUUCUCAGAACUUUACCAACUGCACAUUACAUUACGACACGCAAUUCACUGGCAGGUAUAUAGGAUUUACGAAGUUGACCACACAGAGUCAGGGUGCCGGGCUGUCACUUUCUCACUUUGUUUUUACACAAAAUGUUUGGGCUUUCAUGGUUUCAUGGUUCCAUAGAACUGUUAGUAUACGUUUUAAUAGUUAUUCAGUUGAUCAAUAAUCAUAACUGUUCAUUGUUGAUUGUAGUUAAUUACUGGCGAAAAGAACUGAGCUGAAUCAUAUUUAAGAUAACGCUCUCUGAGUAUGUCCACGUACACGAGGAAGGCCAACAAUUUUGCUUGACCACGGUGGGAAUUGAAACCGAGACAUUUUAUUUGCUAGUCCAAUACUCAACCAAAUGAGUUCUAGGAACUAGACUGAGUAUUCGAGCCGACCUGACCUCGUAGCUCUGUUGGUAGAGCAUUGGACUAGCAAACCAAUAAGGUAUUUCUUUGCAAUAAUAGAUCAUCCGAAAAAACUGAAAAAUGUUUGCAUCAUUUACGUUCAUGUAUUCAAAACACUCACCAUGCAUGCAAUUUGACAUUGCAAGUUACAAGUUGGAAACAAUAGCACCCAAAGUAACCGUAUAUACAGUAUGAUAUCAUUUGACACAUUUGUCAUGCAACUAACUCUGUCUUCGAUUUAUAGUGCUUGAAGUAUAAUGGAUAGUGCAUACGUCAUAUUUUGCACUGUUUUAUUUCUUAGCCAGCUAUGGUACGUUCAAGAACAGUUACACAUGAUAUUCCAGUAACUGUAAUAGCUGAAGAUCAGUGGGAUGCUUAUAAAGAACCACAGAUGCCUGAGUAUGAUGUAAGAUUGAAUAUGUGAUAUUUGAAAAUUCUUUGCACGACUAAUUUUUUCUGUAUAAUUUACCAGGAAAUCGUUACUUAAGUAAUUACAUUGUUGUUGUUGUUGUUGUUGUUGUUGUUGUUGUUGUUGUUGUUGUUGUUGUUGUUGUUGUUGUUGUUGUUGUUGUUGUUGUUGUUGUUGUUGUUGUUGUUGUUGUUGUUGUUGUUGUUGUUGUUGUUGUUGUUGUUGUUGUUUCAUUUGCUGCUAUAAAGCAUCAAUCACUAUUAUAAUUAUUAUUCUUACUGAUCAAACUAUUUUUCUUACCCUUUCCUUUAUCUCAGGUUAGUAUAUGUAUGCCACCUCUGAAAACUGUCCGAAAUAUUGUGGACAAAAUGAAGCAUUUUAACAGUCAACUGGUAUGGAUUUACAUAUUACAAACCAGAGCUGUAUAUUAAUUAUUUACCAUAGCAGUCAUGGCCUGCAUGUGUUCCCAAAAACAUUCUACCAAUUCAUUUGCUCACACGAACCAAUUCAUUUACUAAGUUAUUUGAUAAGUUCCUGUAUGAUUGAUAACCUAAGCUUCCUGUUGAAUGCACCAAUCACCUUUGGUUUUGGUUCAAUUGACCAAUCAUAAAGAAGCAGGAAGUGACCACAAACUAUCAACAGGGUUCGUACGGGUCCUGGAGAACCUGAAAAGUCAUGGAAUUUCAAUAUUCCAAAAUCCAGGCUUGGAAAUCCUGGAAAAUCAAUUUUAGUCAUGGAAAGUCAUGGAAAAUUGAAAUUUUACAUAACAUAACAAAGUAUUUUACUUAUUUCAAUUUAUCAGUCAUAACAAUAAUAUGAAUUGCUGUUGUUAUAUAGUUUGUGUCAAAGUUCAAUUUUUCUGUUUGCCGAUUGGGCAAAACCGUGUCACGUGCCGGUCCACAAAACGUCAUGUUCGUCAACCGGUCCGCAAUGAAACAUUUAUUGACCGGUCAAUAAUAAAAUGGGUGCAAUACGCAUGCGUGUCAACCAUCAAGUUCCAAAGUUCAUUUUUUAAACUUUUUAUUUAACAUUUACGGCGUUCCAUUUAUCCAAUUUUAGGUUUCAAAUUAAGUUCACUCCAAUAACCGGUGAAUUAUUCAUACUUUGACACUUAUAUACUAUAUAACAAUACACUUAUUUACUGAGACCUCGGGAAAGCAGUGUGUUUUGUGGACCCGAGACCGCCGUUGUUGCCCGAGGCGAACCCCUCGGUCUCAGUAAAUAAGUGAUAAUUAUAUAACGGAUUUUUGCAAGAGCGAAGUGAAUUUUGUUCUUUUAUUAUAUCUGUUAUCGUUAAAAUAUUAACGAAUUUCAGAAAUUCCAGACUUCCAGGUCAUGGAUUUUGAAAAUAAUGGUCAUGGGAAGUCAUGGAAAAGUCAUGGAAUUUUAAAUGGGAGAAGGUGUACGAACCCUGUAUCAAAUUCGUUGCAUUGCAGAUAAUUGGUUAAUAAACGUCUCAAAUGAAUUUGUUCGUGUGAGCAAAUGAAUGGGUGGAAUAUUUUAGGGAUACUUCCAUUGCCACGAGCACGACUGUAAUAAAUUCACAUCAGUUACAAUACCUAUACCAACCUUGUAGCAAAACGGUAAGCCAGUUUUGUCGGUUUUAAAUAGCAUGUGUGGAAGUGAUGUUCCGCCCUUUUAUGGUAUCAUUUUUGAGUGCAAUUUGGAAAAAAACAUGCACUGAUUUCCUUUAUAUUCUUCUGACAAAUAUAGUUAAAAUAAAAUAUUAAAGCCUCAUGGUAUUAGCUAUAUAAGUAUGCUAUAUAAGCGCCCUGAUAAAAAUAUGCUGCAUUCAGCCAGUCAGAAGUUUUCGUGUUCAGUACAUUAUAGUUAUGAAUCAUGUAUUCCCAAUUUUUUGUACUUCAGGUGAUCUCAGCGAACAUGAGUGGAUAUAUGACGUUGAAAGUUAUAACAGAUAUGGUUUCAGCAACAACACACUUUAGAGAUUUAGACGUAGAGGAUUUGGGUAAGUCUCUCUAUGCGUCAGAAUGCAUGUUUCUCAGACAAUGGAGAUCGGUAGCCCUGGCUCGAUGUUCAAAGCUAAACCGAAAUUGCAGGGGAAAGAAAAUUUUACGAUUUUCUUACGUGCAGUUUGUUUGUAAUUAAUUUUGAGGGAGUUGGAAUUGGAAUACGUUGCUCCUCUGAUGACAGCACACUUUCGAAUGUACCGCUACAUUUCUGUGUAGAGCUGUGUAUUAUAAGUAAAUUCUUACCGUGUAAUUUAUUUCGCACUGGUAAAAAAACAUAUCUCAAAUUACCCACCAGGGAGAGAAGACUCUAAUACUGAGCGAAGUAAUUCCAGCCAAGAGAUGAGUGAAGCAACUGUGGAUAUUAAGAAAUUACUCGCAUUUCUUCAUGGUCAACUUGUUAGCCCAACAAAAGUCAUUUGUAGUAAGUGAUUUCAUCCUUUUAUUCUGGUGUAAUUUUCCAGUGAAAUUUUCUUUUAUUGUUAAGGCAUGGUUAAUGGCGUCGUCCAUAGGGAAAAUCCAUUUUAACUUAACAAUUAGGACAGUAACGGAAUACUAAAACACUCUUUGAAUUAAAGAUGAUCCACGCUUUGUUUCCCUUGAGAGUUCGAGAUGAAAGGAUUUUCAAUAUGUAGUCGUAUAAAUUCACAGUCAUAACUUUGAAAAGUCGCUUUUCAUAUUGUUUAGACUGUCUAGAUUCUCUGGCGUGGGAUGACAUCAUGACAGUACCCCCAAAAUGGCGGAUAUUGGAAACGAGUAGUACCCUAAGUAGGGGUUACCACGAGCCCGAAUAUAUGUCUUAUGGCCCACAUACAGUGACUGAAAAUAGGAAAAAGAUAAGACUGCAAUCAGUAAAACGAAACGUCGUAUUGAUAGUCUGUCCGUUUGUGUUCUCUUUAGAUAUUGUCCAUCAAAGAGCAGUACAGUUCUACCUCAUCCACGAUGACUUUUCUCUGCAGUAUUUUAUUCCUGCUAUUGUUACGUAACUUAUCACAGUCGUACAUUAGAAAAUAGAAAUAUGUCGGUCUGCUACAGCGGAUGGUGUCAUCGCACAAACAGAUACACUUGGAUUGUUUCACGGCGAACAGAAACGAAAUUCUGUUACAGACUGUGAGACUGUUCACAUGCAAGGAUUGUUUCCUUCAAUUAAACGUCCGCAGAUAGUACCCCAUGCAAAACGGUGAGAUGAAAAACAAAAACACAUAUAGGAAACAUUUAACUUUUCAUUUUACAAAUUGCUGCCUUGCUGGUAAAUGACAAAACUAAGAGUAAGAAAAUAACUUCGAGUUAAUGACGAAACCUCGAUAAAAGUUUAAUAAACUAGUAAAAUUCCUUCAGCAUACCGGUCAAUUGCGUUCGAGGUUAAAAAUCGGUACCCUGUACAGGGUGUAUAAAAAAAACGCAACCUCGGAAUUUCCCAAGAAAUCGACAUUGUUUUAAGGACAAAAGAUUUUAGAUCCCUGGGAAUUUAAAAUAGCACAACUGUCAAAAUUACUGCACACGCGAGUGCAUAAAGCAAAAUUUAUGCAUUUAUUUAAUGACACUUAAUAAGUUUUAAUUUUACAAGUACAGUACACAGUACAGCAACAGUUAAAUUAUCAAGGGCCUUGUCAGAUGUAGGCUAAUAUGUUAUACGAUCUAUUAGCAAUGCAUGGACCUAUUACCUAAUGAACAAAAAUUGUGAUCUAGACAAAAAUUUCAUCACAGCUUGAAAGAGCAUCACAAAAUUAGUAAUAUUCAGAAAGCGGUAUCAAUUUCCCGUGCGUAAUACAAAAUGACUGAAAAACGGCAAACUUCUCAGGGCUAUAUAUUAUCCGCAUUUUACAUUUCGCAACGAAACUUCGGAAUAUUACUAAUUUUGUGAUGCUCUUUCAAGCUGUGAUGAAAUUUUUGUCUACACGCGUAAAAAUUGAGAAAAUCAACAACUUGUUCCAGGUUGAUAUCAACAGGCGUGAACAAAGUUGUGCGGCCCACUAUGAACAGUAUUGUCAACAUGUUGUUACAGCAUUGUUCAACUGUAACAACUUGGAACAACAUGGUUGACAACUUGUUCAUAGUUGGCCGCUUGUUCAUAGUUGGCCGCACAUCAUUGUUCACGCCUGUCGAUAUCAACUUGGUCUUGGAACAACCUGUGCGUUUUUAGCCGUGUAGACUUGUCUAGAUCAAAAUUUUGUUUGUUAGGUAAUAGGUCCAUUUGAUUUCAAUUCCUAGGGGCCUAAAGGCCCGUUUACACAGGCGAUUUUUGCUGCGAUUUUAGUUGCGAUUUUCUCCUUUUGGAGGAUAUGAAGGAGUAGAUUACUUAAUGACGUUAUGAAAUUUCAUAACCUGGAACAUUUAUAACUCAUCCACUCCUUCACAUCCAUCACUCAUCAGAAGAAAAUCGCCCUAAAAUCGCAGCAAAAAUCGCCCGUGUAAACGGGCCUUAAAAUAUUUUAUGCUUAAGAAUUGCAAAGUGGAUUUCUUACAGUAAGCCCUGGGCAAACCAGGAAACAUUGUUGCGGAAACAUUGUUUCCUACCAAUGUUUGCCAUGUUUCCCAGAGUGGGCAAACACUAGGAAACAUUAGUGAGAAACAUAGGGAAACAUCAAAUGUUUCUGAAUUUGGUAGGAAACAUUUUUGCUUCCCAGGAAGCAUAUUUUGUUUCCGCAACAAUGUUUCCACGGGUGGGCAAACAUGGAAAUAUUUGAGGAAACAUCGAGAAUCACAAAUGUUUCCGCAACAAUGUUUCCUAGUUUGCCCAGGGCUUUAGGAAAUUCCGAGGUUGCGUUUUGUAUACACCCUGUGUCCCUGUAUAACAUAUGGAUUAUGGUACAUAUGUUUUCUAUCAUCCAUAUAAAGACAAAGAAAGCAAGACUUGUUGCCAACUUUGGGGACGAAAUUAACCGUGUGGAACACUCAACGACCCCUGCGUGGGGAGAGUGAAGAACAUAAACAGUAGGGCCAUUUAUACGGAACAAAAUAAGACGCGACUUACAUAAGACGCGACUUAAGUAAGACGCGAGUUUGUGGUAUAAAAG